AUGAAUGUGUUCAGAUUCAUACUUAGCCCUCUGGUGAAAAAUGCUGUUUUUGCCGGCACAGUCUUCGGGGCAUCCGAAUUCACUCAACAGACGCUACGCGGAGAUGACAAGUAUGACUAUGGCUACAUUGGUCGUGUUGCAUUGACGGGGCUGUUGUUCUAUGGGCCAUUUUGUCACUAUUUUUAUCGCGCGUUGGACAACGCAUGGAAGGGAACCACAACGCGUAUGAUAAUAAAGAAAUUGGUGCUAGAUCAGACCAUAGCUGGACCAGUCAGUAUCGGUGGUUUUUAUAUAGUGCUAGACGUUCUUGAAGGAAAGAAAGAUAUUUUUGCUGAAGCAAAGGUUAAAACACUACCAAGCUGGGGAGCUUGUUUACUGUUCUGGCCACCGGUCCAGGUAACAUAA